GCUGCUCUUAAGGCAGGUCCGGGAGGUGAGCAGGCGCCACCCUUUGCUUCUCACCUGGAUCCCAGGAGCUGCCGGCUCGCCCGCCCGAGCACAGCAGGUCCUGGGGGCUGCUGGUGGCGCGUGACGACGACACACCUAGGGAUGUGAGCACGGUCCCUCGGAAGCCAGAGCUGAACUUCGGGGAUCCCGCCUGCACCAUGUCCCAGGUGCUGUCCAGCCCCCUGCUGGUGGGGGGCCGCACAGUCGGCUUGGCCUCCUGUGAGGAACCCACGAGGGCUGUAGCACCCAGCCCUAGCCUGCCACCCCAGUGUCCUUAUUACACCACAGAAGGCUGGGGCGUCCCAGCCCUGAUGGCCGCCAGGACAAGCAAGGGGGACUCCAACAGGCUCCAGCAGACCCCCGAGGCUGAGGCCAACACCCACUGCCGCCAGCAGUGCCCUGGCGGGCAGGCCUCCGAACCUCCCGACGACCUUGACUCCUACAUUGACUUCUCCCUGGAAAGCCUCAACCAGAUGAUCCUGGAACUGGACCCCAACUUCCAGCUGCUCCCCCCAGGGCUUGUUGGCUCCCAGGCUGAGCCUGCACAGAACCCCACCUCGAGGAGAAAGAAGGAGGAGCCUGAAGCCUUGGAUAUAAAGUACAUCGAAGUGACUUCCACCAGAUCAAGGUGCCACAACGUUCCGCAGCGCUGCUCCAGCCCGUCCGCCACCACGCCCUCCGGCUCCCCCCGCACCGGCGGCCUCCUCCUCUCCAGAGAGCUCCCCCGGGAGACCCGCAGCAGCAGCGAGAGCCUCAUCUUCUCUGGGAGCCAGGGCAGGGGCCACACGUGCCCCCUUCCUCCCUCUGGGGGUCCCUCCGCUCGCGCCCCAGCCUCCCCCAGCGUCUCCAUCCCUUGCACGGGGAGCAAGGCCUCAGGACCCCCCGGCUCUGGCUCCCCACUGACGGCUUCCCCAGGCCUGGAGAAGGGGCUGAGGGCCCCAGCCGUGGGUCGCCACCUCCCGGGGCCACAUCCACCUCAGGACAGGGCCGGAGGUGACUCACGGGGCAGCAGGAUCUCCGUGCUGUCGACCAGCCCAGCGCCCGAUGUCAGCUGUAUAUUUGGAAGCAGCCAGUCCCUCCUCCGCUCCAGCCUCUCCAGCCCUCAGUCACCCUCUAGGUCUUGGGAGAGCCCAGCCAGCUCCUCCUCCAGCCUCCACAGCCUUGGCCCUGGGUCAAGUGACUCGCAGGGCACCAGCAACCCCUCCCUGAACGUGGGCCAGCCCAGAACAGCCUGCUCCCCACUUCUGGCCGAAGAGCACGCCAGCAGCUGCCCCCCAUCCACCACCAACUCCAUGAUGGACAUACCCAUCGUGCUCAUCAACGGCUGCCCAGAACCAGGCUCUCCCCCACCUCAGCGGACACCAGGACACCAGCCCGGAGCUGCCCCUCCCAGCCACCCCUGCCAGGCCAGCAAGAGCCACAGCCAGACCCUGCCGGAUGCCCCCACCACCACGUCCCUAGAGGGCCCCACUAGGGACACGCAGCCCACCAUGAAAUUCGUGAUGGACACAUCUAAGUACUGGUUCAAGCCAAGCAUCACCCGGGAACAAGCCAUCGAGCUGCUGAGGAGGGCGGAGCCAGGAGCUUUCAUCAUAAGGGACAGCUCUUCAUACCGGGGCUCCUUCGGCCUUGCCUUGAGGGUGCACGAGGCGCCCGCAUCUGCCCAGAACCCAUCAGGUGAGGACAGCAGUGACCUUAUCCGGCACUUCCUCAUCGAGUCCUCUGCCAAAGGGGUGCAUCUCAAAGGAGCGGACGAGGAGCCCUACUUCGGUAGCCUGUCGGCGUUCGUGUGCCAGCAUUCCAUCAUGGCCCUGGCGCUGCCUUGCAGACUCGCCAUCCCUCAGAGAGAGCUGGGAGGCACCGACAGGGGCUCGGACCCCUCCACGGACAGCCCGGCCUCCUGCCUGAAGAAAUCUGCAGGCUGCCACGUCCUGUACCUGAGCUCCGUGAGCGUGGAGACCCUGAGCGGAGCCCUGGCCGUGCAGAAGGCCAUCUCAACCACCUUGGAGAGGGACGUCCUGCCCACGCCCACUGUGGUCCACUUCAGAGUCACGGAACAGGGCAUCACCCUGACGGACAUUCAGAGGAAGGUGUUUUUCCGACGCCACUACGCCCUCAGCACCCUCCGCUUCUGUGGCAUGGACCCCGAGCAACGGAAGUGGCACAAGUACUGCAAGCCCUCCUGGAUGUUUGGAUUUGUGGCCAAGAGCCAGACAGAGCUGCAGGAGAACGUGUGCCACCUCUUCGCGGAGUACGAUGCGGCCCAGCCAGCCUCCCGGGUCAUCAGCCUGGUGACUGCUCUGCUGCAGGACACAGAACGGAUGUAGGAGGCGGGGCUGCCUGUGCGCCUUCCCAGACAUCCCAGCCCAGUAGCCCGCCCCCACCCACACAGGGGCUCGUGGGUUCGCUGGCAGGCCCGGCUUUCGCACUGCAGGACAGCAUGGGGUUGAAAGCCUUGAACUUGCCACAGUCUUUCCCUGGUGCCCUCCGGCCUUCAGUGUCCUCAACCACAAGAAGAGGCCAGUAGACAGCUGGGUUAGUGGUCUCCUCAUCCCUCCAGAGUCCUGAAGCUCACACACAGCCGAGGACCUUCGGCUCCCUGCAGCCUGGGCACCACUGACAAAGCAGGCUGAGCUGGUUCCGUGCCCCCCGUGCUGUGGCACCCAGCCGGAGCUGGCUCGGGACCCCGCGGGGCAUGCGAGGGUGGAGCACGGAGUCUACUUCUCUCUGCAGCUCUUCCUCCUCCACUUUCCUGAUAACUUGUUGAACCCACCUGCCCAGGAUUCUGCAAGCCAGCAUGGUCGCCCCGUGGUCAGAGAAGAUGCCACUAUCCUCACAUUCUUGGUGUCUAGUCCCGAGUCCCCUUGUAAAUGAGUAUCAGCCCUAUCUGUUCUUUCACUUCUUCAGUAAACAGACACCCCAUCGCUGGUGUCACAGCUGCCCAA